GUCCCACAGCAGGAAGGAGGUGGGGCUUCGGCUGAGCCCGCCUGGGAGGUCACUCACAGAUGAGAGCCCUGGGAGAGGAAAUGGAGCCCCAGCGCCCCAGACAAAGGGCAGGGCUGGGACUAGCCAGCCAAGGAGGCUGCAGCCAGAUGCCCUGGAUCAGUAACCCAGUGGAGCGGAUAGUUCCCCAAACCUUCUCCUUCCACUUUAAAAACUUGAUGUUUGCCUCUGGGCGGAACUGCACCUACCUCUGCUACCAGGUGAAAAGAAAGGAGCACUGCUCACCUGUCUUCCCCGACAAGGGAGUCUUUCAAAACGAGGUCAAUACUCCCUGCCAUGCCGAACUCUGCUUCCUCUCUUGGUUCAACAAGAGGCUGUCCCCUGAUGAGUGUUACCACGUCACCUGGUUCAUGUCCUGGAGCCCCUGCUUUGCAUGCACAGAGCAGGUGGCUAAGUUCCUGGAGAAGAACAGGAACGUGAGACUGAGCAUCUUCGCUGCCCGCCUCUACUACUUCUGGCAACCAGCAGUCCAGCAGGGGCUGCGCAGGCUGCAUGGCGUGGGGGCCUGCGUGGGCAUCAUGUCCUACCAAGACUUUAAAUACUGCUGGGAAAACUUUGUGUACAACCAGAGAAUGCCCUUCAAGCCUUGGGAGAAACAAUGUGAAAAUUCUAAGAUCCUGGUCACAAAGCUUGAGGAGAUUCUCAGGAACACAAUGAGCCUGCUAAAGGAAGAUAUAUUCAACAAACAGUUCGGCAACCAGCCCCGGGUCACGGCGCCCUACUACCGGAGGAAGACUUACUUGUGCUACCAGCUGAAGGGGCCCAAUGGCUCCAUACUUGCCCAAGGCUGCGUCCGAAACAAGAAACAGCGACAUGCAGAAAUUCGCUUUAUUGACAAGAUCAACUUUAUGAAUCUCGACCCAAACCAGAGCUACGAAAUCAUCUGCUAUGUUACGUGGAGCCCUUGCCCCACCUGUGCCGAGAAACUGGUUGAUUUAAUCAACGAUCAAGUCCACCUGAAACUGCAGAUCUUCGCCUCCCGCCUGUACUUCCACUGGGUCAGGAAGUAUCAGAUAGGGCUGCAGUAUCUGUGGGCUUCUCAGGUCACAGUGGCUGUCAUGAACCGCCGAGAGUUUAAAGACUGCUGGGAAAAGUUUGUGGACAACCAGGGGAAGGAUUUCCAGGGCUGGUAUAAGCUGGAGGAAUACAACAGAAGCAUCAGCCGACGGCUCAACAGGAUCCUGAUGCAGCCCUUGAAGCAGAAUAAUUUAGAGGAUUCCUUCAGAGAUUUGAGACUUGGAUCCCCAUCACCUUCGUCAAGAAGCUACUCAAGAUGACUAUUCUUGGGGCAUCUUAGUGCUUCAGAAACUGCUGACUCUUAGGGGCAACUGACAACUUCUACUGGCAUACCUGGCCCUCAGCCAAGUCAGAACCGUCUUUCCUCUUGUAUUCUUCUGUUUCCUUUUCGACUUACGUAAAUAUUUUUAUAGUUGAAAAAAUAAAAAUAAUUCGAAAGCUUGGGUUACUUUCUAAAA